AAAAAAGAUGACUAAGGAGCAACCACGUUUCCUAAAUGACAUACAAACCUCAACUACUCCAUACCACAUCCAAUCGCGUCGGUUUCUUGUCUUCUUGAUAUCUGAAUAUUUCAGUCAAGAUCCGGGGGCAAGUGUUAAAACAUGGCUUCAGAUGCCAACGGCACUGUAACUUUUACUGAAGUGGACGAGGUCAAUAACCCUACUGCUACCUACAUCUACUGCGGAGCUGGGGAUCAGUCGACGCAUCUUCCUCAUCAUGAUAAGAACGAUAGCAAGACUACAGGGCGACUGGAUGUGAUACACCCCUCCUCCAAGCCCCAGUCAUGGUCUCUGCUCUCUCUCCAAAGCCUCCUGGUCGACGUGUUUCUCCCUGCUGGAUAUCCCCACAGCGUCAGUGAUGAUUAUGUCCCGUAUCAAAUCUUCGACUCGCUUCAAGCGUUCAGUAGUUCUAUUGCUGGCCUCCUAUCUUCAAGAGCAGUACUACAAGGUGUUGGAGUGGGCAAUGCGGAUGCUUCCCCGACAGCUGCCCUUCUGCUCCACAUCCUUCAAGACACAUCUGGCCGAAUUGCAACCAUUCUGUUUGCGCAUAGGGUUGGCACUGCCCUGGAGCCAGAAUGCAAAAUGUACCGCCUUGCAGCCGAUGUAUUCAAUGAUGCUGCAAUGAUUCUGGACUGUCUUUCCCCGAUGGUCCCAGCAGGAUUUGGUCGGGUGACUGUUCUCAGUACAGCAGGUGUGUUACGAGCUCUGUGUGGCGUCGCAGGAGGAAGCUCCAAGGCGAGUUUGAGUGCGCAUUUCUCUCGGUGGGGGAAUCUCGCAGAGGUUAACGCCAAAGACUCCUCACAAGAAACUAUCAUCUCCCUUAUUGGAAUGCUGGUUGGAUCAUUUGUCGUGUCUCACGUUACGAGCUAUACCGCAACCUGGAUCUCUCUAUUGAUGCUUCUUACCAUGCAUCUGAGUCUCAACUACGCUGCUGUCCGCUCCGUGCAAAUGACCAGUCUGAACAGACAACGAGCAAACAUCGUCUUCUCAACGCUGCUCGAGUCCGACACGGACCUCGACAUUGCGAACUUCCAUCCCACCGAUCGAGCUCACCCAACCCCCAAGCAUAACAGAGCAACACAAUGGCAGAUACCAACCCCAGCCCAAGUCUCCAAGCAAGAGAGGGUCUUCGAGACGGAUGGCAUUCUAAGAUGGUUCUCUGCCCUAUCAACGCAACAUAGGGUAGGCACCUGUCGUAUCGGAGUCUCACUGGAGCAAUUCCUCGCGCCGUCUGCGACACGCACGGGAUCCGGUUCCCUCAAAACAUCAACGCCCAUGUCCCACCUUUCCUCCCUCUUCAGUUCAGAAGACUAUCUGUUGUUCCUGCACCGUAACCGCCACUCCUGGGACGCAAGAAUCCUCCUGAAAACGAGUAGCACGACCCACUCGCAGCUCAAAGCCUGGAUGCACGCGUUACUGGCUGCACGAGUGCUAUGCUCAUCUGCGGAGAAGAAGCGGACGCAAGACAGCACGGAGGUAGAGUAUAUCACGUACACAAUCUCCGAGACAUUGACAUUCCUAAACGAGAAGUCUCGUAUGGAUCAGUACAUGUCGGCUCUAACACAGGCAGGAUGGGAUCUGGACGUUGCUGCAUUGGAAACAAGGUCUGGACGGCGGGUUGCUUGUGAGACUUGACUAUGACACAAGAGCCGGUAGAAAUAUAUACUCCAUCCUUCUUUCUCCAUAUACCAAUUCCCAACAUGACACAAAACCAUAGUCCAUGUACGAGCUAGCCAGGACGCAAAGAACAGACCACAGAAGACGAUAUGUCUAAA